CCUAAGGCUAUAACAAUUUAUAAUUUACGGUUUAAAGAAUUUGCGACACCAUUAUAUCAGCUCACAUACUACUUGCAUCCAUUAUAUCAAGGAACCGGAUUAAAAAAAGGACAAUUUUACCAAAUUUGUAAAACAGCGGCUACAAUGUGGCAAGAAUUAGGUUAUGAUGAAGUGUCAUGUGAGGAUUUAUUAACUGAACUUCGUGCCUAUAAACGUAAAGAGAAUCCAUAUACUCUAGCAUUUAAAAAAGAAAAAGAAACGGCAUUAAAAUGUCAGUUAGAAUUUGAGCAACCUGAAGAAAUUUCAGAUUCUUUUGAACCAAUUUCUGGUUCUUGCAAUAUUGAUAUGCAAUCGGGUGACAUGGAUUGUGCUAAUUUGUUGAUCGAAGAAAUAAUUGAUCUUUCAAACCCAGCCUUUGUUGGGAAUAAUAAUUUAUUUAUUGAUAAUCAACAUGCGGUAUUAACCCGUAAUACUCGACAAGAAG